CUGGAAAAUAUUAAAAUAUGCUGCACAUUGCAAACAGGUCUUAUAACCGUUCUCUAGUAGAAAGAGUUAAUUCUAAUAAAACAAUCCUAAUUAAAUUCACCGCUGAACAUCGCCUGGUUUUCAUCUCGUUUGCAAUUUACUGUGCAUGAGAAAUGUCCACUUCGAUUCAGUCACUCAUUAUUUGCCUGUGCCUCGUGUAUGUUUAUGCCGCAAACAAAGGGGAGCCAUGUGAUUCUACUGCCCAGUGCGCCGAUACAGGAUUAACUUGCUCAGGACGCCGCUGCGUAUGCCUGAUGGAUUUAGGAAGAAGAGCUGCGCGAGCCUGGGCUUGUAACAACGUUCAGGACUGCUUGUCCAUCAGUGGAAUAGCAAAGCGUACGCUUGAAAUUACUGACCUAAAGAUUACCAGAGAUCCAGUGUGCACAACUUCUUCCUCGUGCCCGAAUUUACCGGGGACGGUUGGUUACUGCGACGUUUUAAUGGCUGCCAAGUGAUUGUUGACUGCCAUUUUUCAUGUGUGUUAGAAUUUUAAGAAAAGUAAAAUGUGUGAGUGUUGUUGUUACUUGUGGAUGUUACUAAUAUUAUCUUGUUUACAAACUAGCGGUACCACAAUAGUACGCAAUCUGCGGUGUGUUGCAGGAUAGCAAGAACGUACGCAUCCGCCGGAAUAAUUGUAAAAAUAAAAUUGGCA